GACGACGAGGAGCCAGGGGACCCAGACGAGGAGGAGGAGGAGGCGGAAGAGGAGGGGGAGGAGGAAGAGGAGCCGGACCCCGAGGCCCCCGACCACGGCUCUCUGCCUCGGUUCGUGCCGCGCUUCAACUUCACCCUGAAGGACCUGACCCGCUUCGUGGAUUUCAACAUCAAAGGGCGCGACGUGAUCGUGUUCCUGCACAUCCAGAAGACCGGGGGCACCACGUUCGGCCGGCACCUGGUGAAGAACAUCCGGCUGGAGCAGCCGUGCAGCUGUAAGGCGGGCCAGAAGAAGUGCACCUGCCACCGGCCCGGCAAGAAGGAGACCUGGCUCUUUUCUCGCUUCUCCACGGGCUGGAGCUGCGGGCUGCACGCCGACUGGACGGAGCUCACCAACUGCGUGCCGGCCAUCAUGGAGAAGAAAGACUUUCCCCGCAACCACAGCCACACCAGGAAUUUCUAUUACAUCACAAUGUUGCGUGAUCCAGUGUCCCGUUACCUGAGCGAGUGGAAACAUGUCCAGAGAGGAGCCACAUGGAAAACCUCCCUCCACAUGUGUGAUGGGAGAAGCCCCACCCCCGAUGAGCUACCUACCUGCUACCCUGGGGAUGACUGGUCUGGGGUUAGCUUGCGAGAGUUCAUGGACUGCACCUACAACCUGGCGAACAACCGCCAGGUGCGCAUGCUGGCGGACCUCAGCCUGGUGGGCUGCUACAACUUGACUUUCAUGAAUGAGAGCGAGAGAAAUACCAUCCUGUUGCAGAGCGCGAAAAACAACCUGAAGAACAUGGCCUUCUUUGGGCUCACGGAAUUCCAGAGGAAGACGCAGUUUCUCUUUGAGAGGACAUUCAACCUCAAGUUCAUCUCUCCCUUCACACAGUUCAACAUCACGCGGGCUUCCAAUGUGGAGAUCAAUGACGGUGCUCGCCAACGCAUCGAGGAGCUCAACUUCCUGGACAUGCAGCUUUAUGAGUACGCAAAAGAUCUCUUCCAGCAGCGCUACCACCACACCAAGCAGCUGGAGCACCAGAGGGACCGGCAAAAGAGGAGGGAGGAGCGGAGGCUGCAGCGGGAGUCGAGGAGCCACCGGUGGCCCAAAGAGGAUGGGAACACAGAGGGGGCCGUCACCGAGGACUACAACAGUCAGGUGGUGAGAUGGUGACCCCCUGCCUCUCCUCCCUGUGGCGUUACCUUGGAGACUCUUGGGCCAUUCUGAGGGCAUCUGGCUGUAUGUGGCCGGAGGGGGACACCUGCUUCCUCCUUCCCUUCACCUUUAUCCAGCUGGAGAGGAUCGGUCUUGUUCUUUACUUCCUGACAUUUGCCCAUCUGUGAUAUGGAGGAGGGUAGGGAUGCAUCCGGGAUACCCCACUUCAGAAGGUCAAGGAGAGAAGCACCAAAAAGGAAACAGUGUCCUUGCAAUCUCCUUGGCACAGCACAGGUGACACUCUGGGUGACUGGACCCACAGAGGCAGACAUGAAAAGCCAAACCGUGGCUUGGAUGUUCUGCCGAAACUGGUCUGUUUCAUACUGUCUCUGUAAUGGAAAUAUUGGUUGGUUUCAAGAGAGAGGAGAGAAAGAAGUCCCUCUCAGCCCUUUGAUAAGGUUUUAGGCCAACUCUUACUUUGCUGUUGGCUGUCAUCUUUGAACUCUGUUUGAAUGGGGUUCAAAUCAGAAGAAGAGAAAUGUGUUUUGUUGCCGUCUUUUAAAACAAGAUUCUCCUACUAUUGACCAUCACUAGAGACUCACAUCUGACAAAGCCCUGCAUCCCAGCCCUGAGCCAUGUUUCCUUCCCCACAUGUUAGGGAACUGCAAGUGGAUUCAGGUCAGGGUGCCCGUGGCCCCUGAGAAAUGAACGUUGGUAGGGGCAUUUGGGAGAAAAUGUCUUAUUAACUAAUGCCUAUGGAGAGAACUCUUUACCAAGUUGUAUUUUCAGUGUAAGGAAUGAAUGAUAAAGGGGGCUGGCGGGAAGCUGGAGGGUAGAUACAUGCCUACCAUUUCCAAACUGGCUACAGACCUCAGGUGUAUGUUUUUUUUAAAGAACAUUUCCAAGUUUUAUCUCUUUGGAACAGCCAUCUUCUCUGAUAUGGUACUGCCAGGUCUGAAAUUCUAAUAUCACAGAGGGAAAGACAUUUGAAAAGAAUUUGGCUUGAAGAAUAUGAGCUUACGGUAGCUAUCAGGUAUAUAAAACAUAUUUGGGGUCCUUAAAUAAAUAAUAAUUUUGAUUUAGGCCAGGAGAUACAGAACAUAAUGGUGCGAUUAUCCUGGGAGUUUAAAAAGACUCUACCUCCCAAAAUCUUAAAUAUUUCUAGCCAGAUAACUGUUUCCUCCCCACAUGGUCUUUGCCUGUUGUUAGAUUCUGGCUACAGCUGGCACUGGCUGGAGUGUAUAAAACUGAACCCCCCAAAAUGCACAGCAUUGCUGAAUGUUUCUUAUUUUCACCUUUUCCCAAUCACAACUAUGAUAACACCAUGCUUUUGAAUAAUAGGGGGAGAAGUAUGGGAGAGGACAUCGAGAUCCCUUGCCUACCUACCAAUCAGUUAGGAGGAUCAGAGUGAGUAGUAAGUUUCACAAUAGAUUUGUCUGAUCAAUCCCCUCAAGGAGCUGAAGGCAAAAUGAGUGAAACUCCUAAAUCAGAUUGAAAAGCCUACUUCAUUGAUAUCCAACAUGUUUGAUGUUUAAGCCAGCUUUGUAUAAGCCACAUCUCAUCCUUCGGAAUACUCUCUCUGGGGUUGAGAGUCAAUCAACCCAGAGGCAUUCAUGGAUCGACUGCCUGCACGGAAGGAAGCCUGGUGCUUCCAUCAAAGGGAGGCCUAGAAAAAUCACAUAGACUCUUCUCUCACGACCCUUGGCUUCAUCUGUCAUGUGACAGAAGGCAUUUUGGGGGACCUCCCUUUUGCCAGGACCUGUGGGAGGCCCUUUUUCAUACUUUAAAUCUAUUCACAACCAGGUAUAUAGUAUUAGUCCCAAUUUCAUAGGUGGGUAAAGUGAAACCCACUGACAAAAUGUAGCUUUCCCCUGACUGUAUGCUAGGUCUGGUUCACUGCAAAGUGCAGUCUCUUUGGAUUCCAUCAUGAUUUCCAUUUGGGAUAAAAGCUUUUGGCCAAUCAUGCAAGAAUCCAGCCAUUAUUGCCCAGAAGUAUAUGCCUCUAUCCCCUAUGGGUGACACAACGGGACAGCACUAAGGUGGCAGUGACCCAGAGCCAUGGGGCCUUGUGGUGAGUCCGGCCCUCUCCACAUCAAUAAACUGAGAGAUUGAUGACUUCUUAGGCAAUUUUACUUUGUCAGCCAUUCAUGAGGGUGAGUUAAAGGGGCCAAGUAAAUAUUGCUCAUUAUUUGGUGGCGAUUAGGCUCACAAAAUAUUAAUGUUUUCUUUUCUGAUGAUUUGUUCCUAAGGUAGGGAGGGAAGGAGAUUGCAGCUGGGAUUACUGAGAAGCUCGCUCUCUCUUCACAUUUUGAUGUUAACAUCGAAUGUCCUGCCCAGGAUGGCAUUCGGCAGGUCUGCAAAUUACCCUCUGCCUGCUAUUGUCACACACACACACACACACACACACACACACACACACACACACACCCCACAAUGAUGAUCUAGUCUUUUGUCCUGUGGAAAAUCAAACCAAGUUCGAAAGCAUACAGGUUGUUUCCUUUAAACUCACUUUAAAUUUUUGGCAGGGAAUUGGUGCAUAGCUGAGACUUGGAGGCAGCCUCUGCUAACUUCACACUGCUUCUUAGGCACCUCGGGAUUGAUAUCAAAAGGCUUUCGUGGCCUUGCUGCUAAAGGCGUGAUGUAUGGUGCUCCACUGGAGACCAGCUAUCAGGAUGUUCAGAGGAGAAACCAUCUCUUCGUGUUGGCCCGAGGCCAGUGCUGAGCAAAUUAAAAAGACCGACAAGGGCUUUCUCCUUCAUAUCAUUUCAUUCUAAAGCAGCACACUUGUCAUAUCCCUGGGGUCCUAUGUUGAUAGAAACGAAGAGGUGGGGAUGCGGUUUGUUCUCUGAAAAUUGACUGCACACCUACAUGCUGAGGGAAGCUCGGGGAAGUGAUGCCAAUAAAAGGCAUGUGGGCCAAAGGAUCCAGGGGAAGUUGUCGGCCUUCAGAUCCCAAACCAAAUCAAUUCCAGAUACAUUAGUGUUAAAAGUGUGUGUGUGUGUGUGUGGGUGUGUGUGUGUGUGUGAGAGAGAGAGAGAGAGAGAGAGAGAGAGAGAGAGAGAACAAGACAGAGAAUUCCCUAGGGAGUGCCACAUCCUAUUGACUCCUGCAACUCUGAGGCGGACAUUCCUUUCCUUCUCUCAGCAAUGGCAGCCCCAGUAAUGAGACUGGGAUGCGGUGUCUGUGUGUGUAUCUGUGUAUGUUGACAUUAUUAUUAUCAUUAUUAAGGACUAAGGAGGCUAUUCUGCCUCCUCGUUUAUUGGCAGCCUCCUCUUGGUAACUGGGGAAAACCUGCCCUGAGAAUUAUCUGGAUCCCCUUUAUAAUAAUUAAUAUCAUUAGCAAUUAGUUUUAGGCAGCAGUUAAAAAUAUCACAUGUGGUGUUAAAUUUAUAAAAAACAAGUUUUUUUUUAUCAUCUAAAGGAGGUAACUGUCACAAAUAGUUUGACCAAUGGUUUGAAAAAUGAGGAUUUGUUCAAAAGUCUGUCUAGAGAUAGUAUAUAGUAUGGGAGAGAAGGUCUACCAGAUAGACCUGGCAAGGAGGUGAGGUGAGCAUAGAUCAUAAAACUAACUAUAAGUAGUUUAUUGGAUAGGUUUUCCAUUUGGCUGAUUUAACAAAGAAACUCAAAAUGUUAGUGACUUCAAUAAGAUGGAAGAAUUGUUCUCUCACUUAAAAGACAAACUGGUUGGAUAACUGGUGUGUGACAUUACCAGAAACCGAGGCACUCUCUUGCUCUCUUGUCCUAAUGUGCAGAUUCCAUCUCCUGGCCCAAGAUGACUGCUGCAGCUCCUGCCAUCUCAUCUACAUUUAAGACAACAAAGAGGGGACAUGGAAAGAAGUUGCACAUAUCACUUAUAGCCACAUCUUAUGGGCUAGCACCUAGCCAUUAGCUACAUUUAGCAAAGAAAGGCAUGAAAUGUCUUUGUUAUUGGUUGCUAUGUGCCUUGAUAUGAAGGUCCUAUUAUUUAAUGAAAUAAUGUAAAAAUUAAUACUGAUGAAACUAUUAGUCUGACACAAAGGGGAAUUAAAAAAUACAUCCAGUGAUUUUUGAUGUCAUCUAUAUAGUCAUAUGUUUUACAAUAGAUAAGAUUAAAAUUCAUAACUUUAUAUAGCACUUAAUGUUUUUAAAAACAUUUUUACCUUUAGUAUCUCAUUGAUUUUCAGUACAUUCUUAUAUGUUAAAUAGGACCUCUACGCAUUACCCAUUAGAUAGUUUGAUAUGGAAAUUCAGAGAUGUCGAGAGAUUUCCCAAAGAUUACAGUUUACUAACAAGGAAGUUGCUCGGAACCCCAGACUUUUGACUUCAAGUCUUUCCUACUAUUUUGUGCUGCUUAGCAUCAGAUUUGGGGUUGGGAAUUGAAAAAAAAUAUGAAUCUAAACCUUUAUUGAUUUAUAUCUUCCCUUACCUUUUCAUGGAACUGCAGUGAUUUAGAUAAUGCCAAGGAGACUGGCAGAGUUGGCCCAUAAGCCCCUGCGUCUAGUGAGGGAGCCUGUUAAUAGGAGUGAAAUGGCCAAAAAAUUGUCAGUGCUGCAGGGGCAACUGAAAAGCACAGGCACUCAAACAUUUCUUGCUCAUGUUCACCCCAUCCAAUCCCAAAACUGCUCAAGGACAAGGCUGAGGGGAUGUGCUGACACCUCCUUAGGGAAGCUCAGUGUGAGAAAUACUUACAAUCAGUAGCAGCCUCAAUGCUGAAGCUUAAGGGGUGAUCAAUAGAACCCCUGCUCUAAAAAUUUACUUUUGUCUCUACCUCCUCCCUAGGUCCCUAGAAUUUUAUCAGCAACUUACUUUUUUUUGGUUCCUAAAGGUUUUUUAAUUUUUUUUUCAGUGAUUCCCUUUGCACAUUUGCUAAAGAGAGGAAAUGCUUUAAGCUGUCAUAAGCUAACACCUCCACACAGAAUGUUUAUCUGGCCUCUAGCUGAGAAGAAGGUCCUAUGUAAUAGGAGUCAUGUGGGGUGGGGGAGUCGGGGGUUAGGGAGACUGGGAAUAAGCAUAGAAAAAAGAGUAGAGCUCCUAAAAAGGAAGCAGACCUUGUAAAGGUGGAAAGAUGAGGAAUUAAACAUGUGCCAGAAAAUAUUGAAAAAUAGAAAAUAACUAAUAUGCAGCUUCUGUCCUCAAGAACAAGAGCAGUCUGGGGACUGUAAUUCUUUUGGCAAUUUAAAAGGGCAGAAAAGGACAUGAGGCUCAUGAGACAGGACAAGAGCAUGGGGAUAGUUUUAGGGGCUGAAAUAAAGACUGAA